AGGUGUUGUAGCCUAGAACAGCUACCUCACGGGAGUCCCGGCUGAGGAGACGACAGCCAUGUUAGGAUUUAGAAAUAUUGGCAAAUAUUGGGCGAGAUUGCCGACCCAGGCUCAACUACAGGUCCUGCGGUCAGCAACCAGAUGUGUGUCCAAGCCUUGGCAACUCCCCCAGGUCACCUCCUCCUCCUCCACUGUUUUAUUAAAUCAUCAAUAUGAACAACAGAUGAAAGAGGUUCGGCAUUUACAUACAUCAACUGCAUUGUUUGCUGAGCUGAAGGCAGUACAAGUGCCACCUUUUGCAGAGUCCAUUACAGAGGGAGACAUCAGGUGGAUCAAAGAAGUUGGUGACAGUGUUAAGGAGGAUGAAGCUGUGGCUGAAAUUGAAACUGAUAAGACCUCCAUGCCGGUAAAUGCUCCUUGUGCAGGUGUCAUCAAAGAACUUAUGGUUGAAGAUGGAGCAACAGUCACCCCUGGCCAACAAAUUUGUAAGAUAGAGGCUGGAGCUGUUGCUGACAAAAAGGAGGAAGCUCCUGCUGCUGAGGCCCCAGUUGCAGCAGCAGCCACAGCUCCAACUUCAGCAGCACCUGCAGCUAGUCCACCUCCUGCAGCUGCUACUGUGCCAAUACCAAAGGUUGCCCCACCAGCUGCUCCACCACCUGUUGCACCAAUGACCUCUAUCCCUGUGGCAGCAAUCAAGCACUCAUCAUUCAUCCAACAAGCUGAAGUUAAAGUACCACCAGCAGACUAUAGCAAAGAAAUCAGUGGAACUCGAACAGAACAGCGUGUGAAAAUAUCAAGAAUGCGACAACGUAUCGCUCAAAGACUGAAGGAAGCACAGGACACCAAUGCCAUGUUGACCACCUUCAAUGAACUUGACAUGAGCAAUAUCAUGGAGUUGCGGAAGAGUAUUGGUGACCAGUUCUUGAAGAAAAACGGGAUCAAGUUGGGCUUCAUGUCCGCUUUUGUGAAGGCCUCUGCUUAUGCUCUCACCCAUCAACCCACAGUUAAUGCCGUCAUUGAUGGCAGUGAGAUUGUAUACCGGGAUUAUGUGGAUAUAUCUGUUGCUGUGGCCACACCUAAGGGCCUGGUUGUACCCGUUCUGCGUAAUGUAGAGAACAUGAACUAUCUGGACGUUGAGAAGGGCAUCAUGGAACUGGGUGAAAAAGCCCGCACUGGUUCCCUGGCAGUUGAAGACAUGGAUGGUGGAACUUUCACCAUCAGCAACGGAGGAGUGUUUGGCUCGCUGUUUGGCACUCCCAUCAUCAAUCCACCGCAAUCCGCUAUUUUGGGCAUGCAUGGUAUAUUUGACAGGCCAGUAGCAAAGAAUGGACAGGUGGUCAUCAAGCCUAUGAUGUAUAUAGCAUUAACAUAUGAUCACCGACUCAUCGACGGCAGGGAGGCAGUUACAUUCCUGCGUAAGAUCAAGCAAUCUGUGGAAGACCCCAGGACUAUGCUCUGUGGACUUUAAGACCAUCAGCUUUAAGUCAAAGGAUAUGAAUCACCGGUUAUUUCUUAGCUUAAUGUAGUGAUUAUUAGUUGAACUUUGAAUUAUGUCAUUUGCAAACUAGUGCAGUAUGAUCUUUCAUUUAUAGUCAGUAAAAUGAUGAUUGAUGCACAAUUUUCAUUUGAGAAUGUCAAUAUUAAUAUGGCUAUCUAGCUAUUUACUUCAUAUUCUGAACACUCGCUUAAGGAAAAGGUCUUUAUAUAAGACUCGGGAAUCAAAUGAUGAUUUGCAUUCUAUUUUUAUAUUAUUUAUGAACAGAAGCGGAUUCUUGAAUAAUUCAAGACUACAAUACUGAUUUUAGCAUCUCGUGUACAUACUUGUAAAUUAUACUUAAUGUAUUGAUAUCAGUACAGCAGUUGUUGGAACAGGAUUCCUUUCCUUCUCUCUCAUGGCUUGCACCAAAGUGUCUGUCUGUCCUUAGUUACCACUUGUCAGUGAUAAACACAUCUCACUCACUAAUUAUAAUAAAUCCUUUUGCCAAGUAAAAAUUUCUUAUUCAGCUCCAAUCAUCUUCAUGACUGCUCUGUUUGGCGUCUUUGAUAAAUCUCGGUUAUCUUAUCUCUGGAUAAUCUUGUGUAGCACAAAGGGAAAAAAAAAUAUGAAACAUA